AUGAACAAUUCCCUGGAUUAUCUAGCCUACCCUGUAAUCGUCUCUAAUCACAGACAGAGCACAACCUUCAGGAAGAAACUGGACUUUGGCCACUAUGUAUUUCAUAAGAAUAGAAUACAAAUAGUGAAGGCGACCGUCGACACAAAACCUCCAGUGGCACACACACAUCACAUUUUGAAACUCAGCAAACUACAGGGUGAACAGAAGCGAAUUGACAAAAUCGAGUAUGAAAACAAACAACUGUGUCAGAAGAUUGCAAAUGCCCAUCGUGGUCCUGCCAAGGUGGAUUGCUGGAACGAGUAUUUUUCCAAGAGAAUUCAAGGCGCUAUAUCAAAAAUACAACAAGAUAUCUUCUCUCCCGAGAUGGAUAGGUUACUCACCAUGGAAAAGAUACAAAAGAAAGCCCUAGGAUUUCUUAGCUGCUUAGAAUUUCAAGACACCCCUAAGUGGCUGAAUGCUUAA